AAGUCACACCCCAUUUUAAUCAACAAGUCGGAUUUGCUUAUAUCUGCCUGUAAUCACUGCUACACAGGAAGCAUAAGUAGGAGGGUGGGGGUCUAGGUCGCCCUGGGCAAAAGCCCUCAAACCCUUUCAAAAAAAAUAAUCUAAAAACAAGACGAAAGGGCUGGGGGCGUGGCUUAAGGGGCUGAGCACCUGCCUAACAAGUGCAAGCCCCACCCCCACGCCCCGCAUUUCAAAUCCCAGUACUGCCAAAAACAAAGCGAAAGAACAAAAGCCGAAAUACAUGCUUGUCUCAGGUUUUUGAGAAUGGCUAGCUGCAAACGUGAGUUGGAGAACGCAGAGUUUAUAAGUGUGCUGAUUGCCAGGCACAUUGGUGCUGGGAAUGCAGUCACUGCACAUGUGGAACUCCUGCAUUUUACUUAUGAGUGGCAGGUAAACAAAUAAGCAAACUAUAUAGGAUAAUCGCCUGUAGGCAAUAAAGCAGGGAAGGAGGACAUGUGGAAGUCAGGAGAGAGGUUUUUAAUUCUAAAUACAGUCAUCAGGAAAGUGACGGAAACAGGGUACAGGGUUGCAUGCAGAGGUAUGGGAAGUGCAAAGGCCCUGAGGCCUGGCAGGCCUGGUGGAUUGAAGAAGGCCACUGUUACAGAGUGAAGAGAAAGGGUGGUGGGUCAGAUCUCCUAAGGUUUGGUAGACUAUCACCAGGACUUGGGCUUUUCCUCUGGGGAAAAGCAGUUAGAGGAUUUUAAACUGAGGAGUGACCUUUUAAAAGGAUCACUCUGCAACUUCAUGGGGAAUAGCUGAGUAAACUGCAGGGUAAAGCAAGAAAGGGACCAGUUAGGAAGUGUUUCAGUUAGGAAGACAAGGUGUUGUGUUUGCUGUGGGCUUGAGCACGUGCUGAAGAAAAUGUAUAGCAGUGGAAGUGGUGAUAAGUUGUUAAAUUCGGGAUCUAUUUGAAGUUAGAGCCUGUAGGAUUUGCUCCUGAGAGAAAGGAGUCAAGGGUGAUUCCAAGAUCUUAAUCCCGAACAACAUAACUAGCACAAGGUCUUGAGUUCAAACCCCAGUGCUGCAAAAAAAAAGAAAAAAAGCAAUGUAUGAAAUACUGAGUGCCAGGACUGGGGUGUGGCUCAAAUGUUCAAAUGGUAGAUCGGUUGCCUAUUAAGUGUGAGGCCCUGAAUGCAAUCUAGUACCACAAAAAGAAAGAAAGAAAAGAAAGAUUGAGUGCCAUAUAGCUAAACGAAGAUUUUCAAGUAGUCAUCAAAAAACAGGCCUGGUUCUCAUUGGUUCAGAUUGGAGGGCUCAAUUUGCCGAUCAAAUGUCUUUAGCCCUUCCUGCUGGAUGGAGCACAGUGGGCAGCAAACAGGAGACACGGUUCUUUUGGUGCUCGAGCCCAUGGCUCAACAUGCAAGCACUUUACCUGAGAUGUUUUCCUCAGAUGGCAGCUCCUGGAUUUACCCUUGGUACCUUCGUGUUUGUGUUGCUCGUUAGUUCUGUGGUUAAUUACCCCAAUGGAAAAGUCACAAAGUCGUGCCGUGGAAUGGUUCCCCUUCAUGGCCACAGCCCCCAGUCUGAGCCCAUCCACCACAUUGCAGUGAGCCAGAGGAAAUUCCGACCAGGAGAUCGGAUAGAAGUUACUUUGUCAGGACCACCGUUUAAGGGUUUUCUCUUAGAAGCUCAUGAUGCUGAGGAUCUGAGUGGCCUUCCUAUUGGCUCCUUCACACUGAUUGACAGCCAAGUGUCACAGCUUCUGACUUGUGAAGACGUACAGGGAUCGGCAGUGAGCCACACAAGUUCAUCCAAAAAAACAGAAAUUAGCUACUGGAAUGCUCCAAGCAGUGCCCCUGAUCACAUACGGUUUCUAGUCACAGUUGUUGAGAAGUAUAAAAUCUACUGGGUGAGGAUUCCUAGUGAUGUAAUUUCACAGCCAAACGCACUUCCUUUAACGACACCUACAGUUACAAUAGCACCUUUGUCACCAUCACCUCCAGUCUCCCAUUUAACCAAACCAUUCAGUGCUUCAGAUUGUGGGAACAGGAAGUUCUGUGUUAGGAGUCCUGUGAACUGUGAUCCAGAGAAGGAGCCUGCCUGUGUCUUCUUGUCCUUCACCAGAGAGGACCAGUCGGUGAUGGUUGAGAUGAGCGGUCCCAGUGAUGGCUAUUUAUCCUUUGCCUUUUCUCAUGACCGGUGGAUGGGGCACGACGAUGCUUACAUGUGUAUUCGUGAAGAUCAGAGUGUGCACAUACAGCCUUCUCAUUUGACGGGGCGAAGUCACCCUGUGAUGGACUCCAGGUGAGGGAUUCUUGAGGAUAUGGCUUGGAGGUUGGCGGAUGGUGUAAUUCAGUGUUCUUUCAGAAGAAACAUUAUUCCUGGGGUUAAGAAUAGAUUUGAUCUGAAUGAGAGCUUCUACAUAUUUCUAGCAGAUGGUGCAGUGAAGGAUGGUCGAAUUUACAAGCACUCUAAGCAACCUCUAAUUACAUAUGAAAAGUAUAAUGUGACAGACUCUCCAAAGAACAUAGGCGGAUCCCAUUCUUCACCCCUUUUGAAGGCUCAUGGUGCCUUGAUGUUUGUGGCAUGGAUGACCACUGUCAGCAUAGGUGUACUGGUUGCCCGGUUCCUCAGACCUGUUUGGUCAAAAGCUUUCUUCCUUGGUCAAGCAGUUUGGUUUCAGGUACAUCGGGUACUUAUGCUCAUCACUUCUGGACUCACCUGCAUUGGCUUUGUCCUGCCUUUUAUAUACAGAGGAGGCUGGAGCAGGCAUGCAGGUUACCAUCCAUACCUCGGCUGUAUAGUGAUGACUUUAGCAGUUCUUCAGCCUCUUCUGGCAGCCUUCAGGCCACCUUUAUACGAUCCAAGAAGGCAAAUGUUUAACUGGACUCAUUGGAGUAUAGGAACAGCUGCUAGAAUAAUGGCAGUGGCAGCAAUGUUCCUAGGAAUGGAUUUGCCAGGACUGAAUCUCCCUAAUCCCCAGAAGACCUAUGUGAUGAUUGGGUUUGUAGCCUGGCACAUAGGGACAGAGGUUGUUCUGGAGAUCCAUGCCUACCGACUCUCUAAAAGAGGUGAGAUCCUGGAUGAUGACAGGAUUCAGAUCUUUCAUUCAAUUACUGUAGCUGAAGCAGAGGGCCAUGUUUUUAAAAAGGUGGUGUUGGCAAUUUAUGUCUGUGGGAAUGUGACUUUUCUCAUCAUAUUUUUAUCUGCAAUCAACCAUCUAUAAGCAAGCAAAGACCUUGGCUUUUGUGGGCUAGCUGACAAUUAUCUUCAAACCAAAGAAACACAAAGCUUGGACUGCCUGCCUGGAGCCCACCCAUGACUAAUGGAAGAACAGUGACACAUCUGAAGAGGAAUUCUGAAGUCAGGUCUCCAUAGAUCCAAUGUGAGAGGGUCAUGUAGACUACACAUGGAUGUCACGCCCUGUGCGUAAUUCUGUGAUUUAAAGGCAACAUUGUACUUGAGGAGAAAUGACUCAAAUCUUCCCUGCCAACAUUUUAAAGAAUGUUAUCAAUUAAGAAAGUAAGCUACAAAACAGAUAUCAGGAUGAAAGGAGACUGCAUUAAGGGUAAAUACAUUUUGGAUGACAAAGCUGCUGUGGAGCUACAGAAAACAUUUUAUUACUUUAUUGGAAUGGUCUUUGGACUUUUUUUUGUUUUUUUAAAAAACUGCUUUUCGGGGCUGUGGGUUAGCUCAGUGGUA